GGUCCUGCACCUCCUGGCAGUGCUGGGUUGGAGCCUGACCUCUUGGGGGUUGAAGGACCAGGGCACCUGCCUGGUGAAUCCCCCAGUGCUCCUGGAGUAGCUUACGCACCCCCAGAGGCUGCAGCAGAGACACCGGUGAGCCCCAACCUUGGUGCCGCCCAAGGAGUGCCUGUGCCUCCGUCUCUUGGGGGUCCAGAGCCAUGGGAGAUGGCAGCUGGUGCUCCGCAGGGAGCAGGUCUUCCUGGAGCUAAUGGACCAAGCAGUGGCUUGACUUCGGCAUGGGAUGGCCCCAGCUCAGCAUCUUAUGGGCCAGCAGGACGCCCGUCACCUGCCCUUGGACACCAGCUUGACACAAACCCGGCACUGCCAGCAGUGGAAGGGCUCGGAGCUGGCACGACAGAACAAGCACUGGGGGGAGUGGGCAGCGCAACUGGGUUUGAUCCAUCCCUGAGUGCUGCUGCAGGCAGUGGGAUGGCAGCUGGGAUGGAUCAACUGCCAGGCGCAGGGUCCCCAUCCGGCCCUGCCUCUCUCAGUGAUCCAGUUGCAACAUCCUCCGUUUCAGCAGGUGAUGGAGCAGGACCCAUCCAAGCUGCAUCCCCUGGCACUGACAGCCUGUCUCCAGCCUCUCUGGACAGUGAAACUCUCACGGAGUUUCCAGCACAGGGGACUGAAAGCACAAUGGAUGUGGCAGAGGCAGGGAACCCAGAGAGUGAAAGUCCCUACAUGGAGACGAGUCCUUCAGCUUUCAACGCUCAGCAGGAUGCCACUAACACUGGAGAGAUGCCAGCUGGAGGAACAGAAGCUUUGGCAAAUACUGAAAUGUCCUCUCCAUCAGCUCUUGGAGGUGGAGCAGGAGCAGGGGCAGCCCCAGCACGUGGUCCUGCACCUCCUGGCAGUGCUGGGCUGGAGCCUGACCUCUUGGGGAUUGAAGGACCAGGGCACCUGCCUGGUGAAUCCCCCAGUGCUCCUGGAGUAGCUCACCCACCCCCAGGGGCUGCAGCAGAGACACCGGUGAGCCCUGACCUCGGUGCUGCCCAAGGAGCACCUGUGCCUCCGUCUCUUGGGGGUCCAGAGCCAUGGGAGAUGGCAGCUGGUGCUCCGCAGGGAGCAGGUCUUCCUGGAGCUAAUGGACCAAGCAGUGGCUUGACUUCGGCAUGGGAUGGCCCCAGCUCAGCAUCUUAUGGGCCAGCAGGACUCCCGUCACCUGCCCUUGGACACCAGCUUGACACAAACCCAGCACUGCCAGCAGUGGAAGGGCUCGGAGCUGGCACGACAGAACAAGCACUGGGGGGAGUGGGCAGCGCAACUGGGUUUGAUCCAUCCCUGAGUGCUGCUGCAGGCAGUGGGAUGGCAGCUGGGAUGGAUCAACUGCCAGGAGAAGGUUCCUCACCCAGCCAUGUCUCUCCCAGUGCUCCAGUCGCAGCACCCUCCGUUUCAGAUACACACAGCCCAAGUGCCUUUGGAGGAGUCGGUGGUGCUCCUGGAGCUCCACAGCCUUCCCUGGGUGCAGGGCCAGACAUCUCCCCUCCUGCAGGAGAAGGAGUAGGUGAAGAAGUGGGUGACAGAGGGCCCUCAGUACAGUCCCAGGCCCCCACUGGAGAAAGACCAGCUGGUUCUGGAGCCACUGAUGGAGAAAUGGGAGCUGUGCUGCACUCUGCAUCUUCCUUCCCGUCUAUGGUGGGGUCUUCAUCACCUGGGAUGUCUGGCCAGAUUGCCCAUGGAGCAAGUCUUCCUGGAGCUGUUCAAGGUGGCAGUGGUUUGAGCACAGACUUGGAGGCAGCUGGCCCCCAAGAACCCCCUAUGUCUGCCACCAGCAUUCAGAACAAGGCUGAUCUUGGACUUUCUGAUGCAAAGCUGAGUCCAGUCAAUGCGGUGGAGCAUCCCGGGGGAGCCUUGGCGAAUGGCACACCUUCCCCCGGUGCCAGCCUGAGAGGGGGCACAGGAGCCAUCGUGCAGACUGCAUCGGGAGCACUGACCCCAUCUGCCCUUACCUCCCCCCAGGAGACUCAGCCCCUGGUCCCGGUAGCUCCAGACAUCAGCAGCAUCUCCGAUGGCACAGCCACGCCAGUGGCUGGUGCUCUGCUCCUCCCUGGGCAUGGGCUGAGCUCAGGACUGGCACCCAAUGGAGACCCCCACUCUUCCCCCAGCACCCAGAGUGGGAAUACCCUGAGGGCACCUGGUGGGCUGGUGGGUGAUGCUAGAAGUGCUCAGCCAUGGUCUUCUGAAGAUGAGGUGGCCUCAGGGAUGCCAGCACCUCUGGGAGAAGUGUCCCCCCAUGCCCUCACAUCCCCCAAUGCUGCCCUGGCUCUGCCCUCUGCUCCAGAGAGAGAAAAUGCUGCCGAGGAGGCAUCUGCUGGCCCUGGGCUUUCUGCUCCGCUUCCAGCACUUCCAGCUGUGCCCCUCUAUGCAUAUGGAGUAAGGGAAAAUGAUCGGGAGUAUGUGCAAAGGAGGGUGGAUUUUACUUCUCCACUUUUCAAGCCUGAGACUGGAUUCCCAUUUGGAAGAACCCUGCGUGACUCUCUCUACUUUACAGAUAAUGGACAAAUCAUUUUCCCAGCCUCGGACAACAGCAUCUUCACGUACCCCAACCCUCCUCCCAGUGGCUUCAAUGGCCAUGAGGAUGUUCCCAUGAUUGCAGUGUUUUGGGACAAUGCUGACUUCUCCAAAGGUGUUGGCACCACCUUUUACCAGGAGUUUCCCACUCUCAACACGGCCAAGCCUCAGUUUGUCCUUGAUGUGGAAGCGAAGAUUCGUCAGUACCUGAGGUCCUCCUACUCUGCAGCCUGGACGCUGAAGAUCACCUGGGAGAAAGUACCUGCCUAUGCAGCACGGACUGACACCCGGAAGACGAUCACAUACCAGGCCAUCCUGACCACUGAUGGCUUCAGGUCCUACGUCCUGAUGCUGUACCAGGAUGGAGGUAUGCGAUGGGAUUACACCAGGCUGGCUGCCACCAACGUGCUCAUCGGCUACACCAGUGGGGAUGGCUUUUACCGCAAUGAUGACCUAACUCGGAGACCUCCAGCUGCUAAAUAUCGCCCUGAUCAGUUCAGGGGCUAUAACACAGACCUCCGUGGGCUGUGGAUUUACAGACUGGAGAGCCGUGUGGGCACCAACUACCGGCUGAAGUGCCUGGCAUGGAUUGGUCGGCAGCAGGAGCCACGGGCAUGGAGCCAGGGCCUACCCACCUGCCCCUGCUCCCUGCAGCAAGGGCAGCAGGACCCACGCUUCAAGAGCAGCCGGGGAGGCUGGUGGGCUGCCCGCAUCUCCAUGCUGCACUCCGCCUCCCCCAACCAGCACGGUGCUGGUGUCCGCUGCCUGUACGACAGCCAGAACCAGCUCGUCGAGGGGCGGCAGGAGAGGUACUGGAGGUUCUCCAGGCAGGCGUCCCCGUAUCGUGACCAGGAGCUGAAGUUGUAUGACUGGUGCUGUAACCAGGCGGGCAGCGCCCGCCUCUGUGCCCACUAUGGAGAGAAGAGACCGAAGAUUGGCUGUGAUGGAUACCAGUCCCCUGGCACGGCAGGUUCCUCGGAGGAGGCAGAGGGUGACUCGGAGGAGCAGAGAGAUGGAGAAGACAAGUAACUGAGGGGGGUGCGGACCUGCCGUAUGGUCUGGGCCACGGCCGAUCCUUCAAGUUCUUUGCUCCUGGUCAUCCCCUGUGUUUCCCACACUCCUUGCAGCACCCAGUCACCCCUGCCCACCGCAGAGAGCAGCUCGCUCAGCCAGUGCCUGUGGUUGCCUUCACUGACACAAGUUCGUGUUUCUAACCCAGACUUGUCCCAGGGAGUCAGUUCCUUUUGUCACCCUUCCCUGGUUGCAGCUGAGUGGGAGGUGGGCAGGGAUCCCCACCACAUACCCCACCCUCCGUCUUCCCUGCAUUCCCCUGUGCUUCCUGUGCUGCAGGAUGAGAUUGGACCCCCGGCACCCGGGAAAGGGUUUUUGCACCUUGUGUGGCUUGACUGUGGCCCAGUUCCCAAGUGCUGUGGCGUACCAGGCUGAUCCCGGGAUCCAGUCCUGUCUUGUCCCCCAUCCACCCCAGGCCUGGUGCCCAGGAGAAGAGGCAGUUCUCCAGAUCAAGACAGAGUUAGCUUGACACUUCUGCUAGGUGUAUGAGGGUGAAAUGCAACUCCUCUGAUCAGAAAUGUUGGGUGAAAAAUAGCUUUUUGUGUAUAAGAGAGCACCUGUCUUUCUUUAAAAAAAUAAAUCCUUGUCAAAUCUUGUUUGCUCAAUAAAGCCUCAGAGGGGUCUGA